AUGAACAGCUACACGAUCGAGACGGUGUUAGAGACAAGGGAGCCAGGCGUAAUUGAACUGUUUGGGAACGCCCCAGGAGUCGUCCACAAGGUCUCCGGGGUGGUGCACCUCCAUGUCGACAAGACCAUUCAUCUCAAAGAGCUCAGCGUCGUUUUCCUCUGCGAAGCGGUGGUGGGGUACAGGUCGUCGGUAAUCUCGACAUCUUCGGACCCAAUGACGAUCUACCGGAACCAAUUCGACGCUAUCCCUGCUUCUUCCUCAUCAUCCACUGAAUACACACCCGGAGACUACACCUUCCCCUUCCAACUCGCCAUCCCUUCCGACCUCUCCACGACGGACUCUACAAAACUCAUCUCCCAGGAAUUCAUCUGGAUGUACCAUCUCACCACAAUCGCCGUCCCUGCCAACCUGACAAAGGGGUCCACGAUUAGCUCGCUUUUCCAGAAGAGAAAGACGAUCCAGAUGCCGUUGGUGUUGCGCAAGUGUGUUGUUGAGCAGUCUGGAAGGAAUAGUGUCAGGUGUAAUGCGAGACGGGAUGGCAGAAGCGAGAAGGACGGAGGGUUUAUGGCGGUGAUCUUCGUGCCACAGGUUGUGAAUGUGAAGCAGACGAUUGUUCCGAUUACUGUGCAGAUGAAGGGGUCUGGUGGGGGGAAGAGGUGGAAGGUGAAGGAGAUUCAGGCGCAGAUGAUUCAGACGGAGAAGGUGGUGCAUAAUUCGCCGGAAGCCUAUAAUUCCAUGGAGGGGUUGCGUCGCAUGAUACCGAUCGGAAUUCAAGAUGACCCAAUGGCGCCGAAAAAAUUCAAGAAACCAACCCACCGCUCAAGCGCUACCGCAACCACACCCAGCGCCACCACCGACAACGCUAAUCCCAACACCAACGCAAGCGCGAGUGUCGGAUCCAUGAUAAACACAACCCAGACAAAGACAAUCUCCAACCUCGUCAGUGUCAAGGACCCAAACCAGUACACCGAAGGCGUCCACUCCUCCCCUGGCCAGGACUACUCCGAAACCUUCGAAUUGGACCUAACCGCUGGGGAGAAACUCGUUAACGCGAGUGGAAAUCAGACCGAGGUCUUGACGUCUGAGGUGUUGCCCUGGGUGACGAUUAGUCAUGCGGUCAGGUUUAGGGUGUUGUUUGAGGAUGCCGGAGGGGAGAAGCCGUUGGUGGUCAAGGCACCCGUGCAGGUUGCGUAUGUGGUUGGGAGGGAGAGUAUUAACUUGGCGUCUGGACGGCCGGUUCUGCAGGGGCAAGUUGUUGAAAGUGCGGCUGGAGUUGAUGAAUGGAUGUAUUCGGAGAGUGCGCCGGGGUAUGAGUACAGUCCUGACGGUGCACAAGAUGGGGGAUUGGGGGAUGUGCUGCCGGGCUAUGGGGAAGAUGUGGGGCGGUCGAAUCUCUUGGAUUCCAAUCUUCGUAGCAACCAGGAGUAUGGUCUUUCUGUUAAGUAG